GUUGUGGUGCUCAACCAUCACUGGCAUGCAGGGCUGGGAGUCCAGCCGCUGUCUCCGUGUCGAGGCGGCGGAACCAUGCUUAGGACGAGGCUUCGUUGAGGCGCAAGACCUAUCAUUCUGUAUCAUGGCAACCGACUACAGUAUUCGACAAAGCUAUAUACAACGGCAGCAUGUCCUACAAGAUCUUCAAUCACUUUGGUGAAGACGGGCCUAUCGACAUUUCUCAGGACAGCGAUUUCAAGGUAGCACGUCUGGAGGCGUUCAUCAUGAUAGGUUUCUAUUCAGGCGACCUGGAUCUCACGGGUCGACGCCUCUCCAGGUUUGAAUUCUAUUCAGCACGCUGGUCUCUCUUCCUUGCCGAUGUAGAAGCUCUUGCCCCAUUUGUACUGGAAUUCAAAAGUGGAUGGGCGUUUGAAGGUGAACUUGCUCUCCUGGCAGGCCAAGGCCGCUCAUCUGUGUCCUACGAAAUGCAAAACGAGGAGAUGUGGGAAGAUUUUCGGGAACGAUGGCUUGUACCUAGCACAUAUGUUUACGAGGACGUCAAGGAUUGGAUCGAUCGUGUUGUCAAGCAGAUAACAGAGUCCAAGGGCGAGCCGAAGAUCCAGAAAUUAUUUCUUCCUGAUCUCCCUGAUGAGCUGCUGGAUCUUGUGUUUCAGCAGGGGAGCAGUGAUGUUGUGCGUCUUCUGUCAAGGACGUGUCACCACAUGAGGGCUUUGGGGGCGCCAUACAUCUACCGAGUGAGUCAGCAUCCGGUACCACCCAAGUGGAAUCGAGCGCUAAGUCUGUAAAACUCGCUGCUACCCAACUUUUCAACCUCGACAAUGUACGUCAUCUUCAGCUAGUGAUCUGCCCUCUCAGUGGACAUCCAGGAGCUAGAUGGACUAGGACCUGGAACAUCCUCAC